GUAGACGAACAGAAAUGAUAAAAUUACAAUUUACAAUAGAUAAUAUUUUUCUAAAAUACCCCCAAUCAUGGCACUUCCAAAAUUGAUCAUAUUUGAUUUAGACUGUACCAUGUGGCCUUUCCAUGUCGAAUGUGAAUGUCCCCCAUUUAGAAAAGAAAGCGAUGGUAAAGUUUAUGAUAGUUAUGGUUCGCAGAUGAAGUACUAUCCAGAGGUUCCAUCCAUAUUGGAAGAUCUUGAGGCCCAGGGGAUAGAUAUGGGAGUGGCGUCAAGAACUGAGGAGCCAAGAGGAGCAAACCAACUUCUUCAAUGUUUUGGAUGGGAGAAGUACUUUAAGUACAAAGAAAUCUAUCCUGGCAAUAAAAAGACUCAUUUUAAGAGAUUUUCUGAGGCCAGUGGGCUUCCUUAUAAAGACAUGUUAUUCUUCGACGAUGAAAUGAGGAAUAUACGAGACAUCAAUGGAAUAGGGGCGACUGCCUUUUAUGUUCAUGGUGGGAUGACGCACGCAGAACUCAAGGCAGGUUUAAAACAAUUCGAAAACAAUCAAAAACACAGAUCUUAGUGACUAUUCAGGAUAGGACAAGUUUUAGGAACCCAGUGAUCAAGGCUUUAGGAAGCUAUUCAGGAUCGGACAGUUUUAGGAGUGAUCAAGGCUUUAGGAAGCUAUUCAGGAUAGGACAGUUUUAGGAACCCAGUGAUCAAGGCAUUGGGAGCUUUUUUGGAUAUUAACUGUUUAUUGAUGAUAUCAGAGAGGCGGUAUUCUGGAAACCGCUACAUGUGCGUGGGUUUGACAUUUUUAUGUAAUUUUUCUGGUACCGGUAAUCAUAAUUGAAAUGAUAGUCACCAAACAACUUGGUGUUACAUACAGUCAAUUAGGGAAACAGGAAACUAAUUUUAUAUUAGUUUUUGAUAAGGGCCAACGCAUUUUUAUGGAGAAAAAUUUGUCAGAAGUAUUUGAUGACAACUCCACUGCAGGAAAUAAUAAUAAUUUCAAGACUCUUCUCGUAUAUAUCCUUUAUUACUUUGUAUCUACAGAACUUUGUUUACAAAUAGCACCAUCACAGAAAGUAAAAACUAGUUUUUAUCAAUUCCUGCCUUCUUAGGAAGGUUGAUGUGACUUAUUCCAGAUUAACUUUAGAGAGUCAAAAGUCACUGUAGACUUAUCGAAAUGGUUUGCUUUCCAAAAAAUUAAUGCUCGUCUCCUGUGAGGUCAUCUGCGUAAUGAAUCAGAGCUUCAUUUCUCUGGCAAUCCAGUUUGCCCAAUGUUUGAUGGCAAUACCUUCAUUCCUCACUUUUUCAAACAUCUCCUACAAAAAUUAAUGCAAUAGAAUUACCAAAUACAUAAAAGUAAAUUUUUAAAAAGUUUAAUUAAUUAAGCCGUUUCAAGGAUUGUUAUAGCAUUGAAUGACCUGUCCAUAUAGAUUUUGUUGGCGCAGUGAAGAACGUCAGCUUCUUGUUGGAGUGAUCCCGGGUUGAACUCCCAACUGACACAAUACUUGAAUCCCCUGAUGGUUGAGCCCAGAACUGACACAAUACUUGAAUCCCCUGAUGGUUGAGCCCAGAAAGACCUAGACUUCUGCAAUUCUUCACACUGACUGUAAAAAUUGAUGAUGAAAAUCGAUACCUAAAUUGGUGCAAAACUAUAACUCAGUGGGUAGGAUACUUUAUGAUGCUUUUUCCCCAUUUUUUGGUCAUCCAAUAUUAUCAAAGACCAGACAUACCUGAGGGUGAAUAUUGUUGAGGGAGAAUUUCUUGUGGUGUGACAUGCUGAUACUCAAUUUAGCACCCACAAACAAUGCCAAGAAAUAUUGCUGGAAUUGGAAAAACUUAAAAAUCAAAAGUUAUCAAACAAAUAUUAAAGAAAGAAUUAAUCUGUAGUGCAUGAAAUAAAUGUCUGUUGAUUUUUAGUUCUUUGAAAGCCAUGCCUUUAAAGUUAAGAAAUACAACUGUUGGUUCUCCCAAUCCAGCAGUGAACCAUUUGGCAAUGAGGCUUCUUGAUGGUAAGGUUGAAUUUGAACACAACAAGGUAUCGGUUUUGAUAUUCAAUUUUUAUGGUCUGUGCUGUAUAAUCUUACCUCCUCUGCAUAAAAAAACCUUUUUUCAGCAGACUUUAAUUGUUCACCAAGUGUUUUUAUUUUCUCCCUCUUUUGUUUUGAAUCGUAACUAAACCUGAAAAAUAACAAAAAAGUGUAUGUCA